ACGUAGAGUCAUAUGAAAACACAAGAGUUUUUGUGCAAGGAGGUUUUAAUAUCAAGAGAAUUUACUCUUAGUAUGAUAUUUAUUGUUAAUAGUGAAACUAUAAAUAAGUUCUUUUGUUUAAAUUCGCUUUAAAAUCAUGUGCUGUGACAAUGAAGUUAGCAAAAAUAUCUGUGGACAUUUUGCACUGUAAUGUUUGGAUUUAGGAACUUUUUUUUAAAGUGCUGCUGGCGAGUUGGCGAGAUGCACACAGCCUCUGCAGAUGGACAGUUCCGGAGUACCAACGGGUCUACACAUGGACGUGACAAGGUCGCCAUAUUAGACGCUGGAUCUCAAUAUGGGAAGGUAAUAGACCGGCGCAUCCGCGAGCUAUGCGUGGAGUCGGACAUCUUGCCUCUGGACACGCCGGCCUACCACCUCAAGGAGUCGGGCUACCGCGCCAUCGUCAUUUCCGGCGGACCCAACUCCGUGUACGCUGAGGACGCGCCGCGAUACGACUCGGAUAUAUUCAAGAUCGGACUGCCUGUAUUAGGAAUAUGCUACGGUAUGCAGAUGUUGAACAAGGAGUUCGGUGGGUCGGUGCUCCGGAAGGAGGCGCGCGAGGACGGCCAGUACGAGGUCGAGGUGGAAACCACAUGCCCACUGUUCAACCGCCUAGAAAAGCUGCAGCCAGUACUCCUGACUCACGGCGACAGCGUGCAGAAGGUGGGCGAGAGGUUCCGCAUCGGCGCGCAGUCCUCCAACCACCUGAUCGCCGCCAUAUACAACGAGCAGAUGCGGCUCUACGGCGUACAGUUCCACCCAGAGGUGGAUCUAACCCCAAAAGGCAAGCAGAUGCUGUCCAACUUCCUGUUCGACAUCGCGGGACUGUCGCGCACCUUCACGUUGCGCUCACGCCGCGAAGCCUGCAUACACUACAUCAGAGAGACUGUUGGUGACAACAAAGUACUUGUGUUAGUUAGCGGUGGUGUCGAUUCAACUGUAUGCGCGGCGCUACUCAGACACGCUCUCCGCGAAGACCAAGUCAUCGCCUUACACAUUGACAAUGGUUUCAUGCGUAAAAACGAGAGCGCCAAAGUUGAGCGGUGUUUGAGGGAGCUCGGUGUUCGUCUUCAUGUUGUCAAUGCAGGGCAUCAGUUCCGGCAGGGCAGCACAGUGGUCCGCGAGGCGGGCGGGCGCGCGCGCCACACGCCGCUGCUGUGCCACGCCAGCGCGCCCGAGGACAAGCGCAAGAUCAUCGGCGACGUGUUCAUCCGCGUGGCCGAGCAGGCCGUGCGGGACCUCAGCCUCGAAGAGGACCAGGUCCUACUGGGCCAGGGCACGCUGCGGCCCGACCUGAUCGAGUCGGCGUCGUCGAUGUGUUCCAACAACGCGGCCACCAUCAAGACGCACCACAACGACACCGAGCUCGUGCGGCUGCUGCGCCAGCGGGGCCGCGUCGUCGAGCCGCUCAGGGACUUCCACAAGGAUGAGGUGCGAGCGUUAGGCAUGGAGCUAGGUCUGCCGGCCGCGCUGGUGGAGAGGCAGCCGUUCCCGGGGCCCGGACUGGCCGUCAGGGUACUUUGCCAGGAGGAAGCCUACUGCGAGAGGGACUUCGCCGAGACACAGGUCAUAGUGAAAAUAAUGGUUGAGUACGCGUCGAUGUGCGUGAAGUCUCACGCGCUGCUGGGCCGCGUGGCCAACGCCAGCACUCCGGCGGAGCAGGCCGAGCUCAAGCGCAUCUCGUCCAAGUCGCCCGUCGCCGCCACGCUGCUGCCGCUGCGCACUGUCGGCGUGCAAGGUGACGGCAGGACGUAUAGUUACGCAGUUGCAUUAUCGACGGAGAGGUAUCCACCGGACUGGAAAGACAUGCACUACCUCGCCAAACUUAUACCGCGAGUAUGCCACAAUGUUAACAGGGUUUGCUACGCUUUCGGAGGUAUAAUUAAGGAGCAAGUAACAGACAUCACACCGACUUUCCUCACACAACAAGUCAUCUCUACAUUACGUCAGGCCGAUGAUCUCGCUACACAGGUGCUAGUGUCGAGCGGCUGCGCGGGCCGCAUCGCGCAGAUGCCGGUGGUCUUGAUCCCGAUCCACUUCGACCGCGACGCGGCGGUGCGCGCGGCGUCCUGCCAGCGCUCGCUGGUGCUGCGCCCCUUCAUCACGUCCGACUUCAUGACGGGCGUGGCCGCGCUGCCCGGCUCCGACGCCAUGCCGCAAGACGUCGUAGACAGAAUGCGCAAGGAGCUGAUGACGGUGCCGGGCAUAUCGCGCGUGUUGUACGACCUGACCCCGAAGCCGCCGGCCACCACCGAGUGGGAAUGAUCGCCGCGCCCCACACUCUUUUAUAUAUUUUUUUACUGAACGAACGCACCCACGGGCAGUGGUCGCGACCUUAUUGUUUUAUUUGAUGGAAGACAUCACCACGCAACAUAGUGAAGGCAACUACGAACUCGAUUUAUAAACACUAUUGUUAUAGUUAAUGGCUUACUGGUAGACAAACUUGUACUAUCAUUAAUCAAGUGCCUAAAUAGUGCAACAUCGAUCUCGUGAACACGCAUUUCUGCAACUCCGUGCUCGUAAAGUUUCUCUCACAAAAUGCCUCUCCACGAGAUCGGUGUUGUACGACUAAUCUUAAUUUUUAACUUUUUGAACUAUAGUUGCUAAUGAGUGCACGCUCAAUAUGACUAGCGGUUUUAUAUACGGAUUUUCGGUUGAACUAAACGUUGAUUUUGUUUUGUUAUUAGUGUUUUAACUGUAUCGAGGUUUAAUUUAUCAUUUGUAAGUUUCAACGGUUGCGCCACUGCCCGUCAUAAAGAAGAUUUUGUAAAUACAUUGGUGUCACAUGUUAUAUUGUUAGCUCCACUGAUCAGUUUUGUAACAUGUAGUAAUUUAUUGUCAAAGGCUGUGUAAAAAUUUAUAAAAAAGCCCAAUAUUCCGCGCGACAAGAUUGUUAUAAAUGGAUCUUGUAUGAAAUCGAAGACACAUUGUGUUUUAUGGAAUGGUUCAGUGUUAUUGACUGGAAGUUUCAUAAUAAAAAUUAUAUUAUGCUUUAUUUUCA